UAGGAGACUCCUUUGCUUUACGUCAAACCACCACAAUCCACGAGACAGACAGAACAAUCAACCCCACGAUCCACCGCCCCGAAAAAUAUACCUCGUCCAUCAUCUAAUGUCUGUGCUCCACUCCUCCAAUGACUCGUUUCUACAAUGGGAUCCAGCCCAGGUGUCCAUCUACAUCAAUUCCGUAAGCGCCGAUGACUCCAACACUAUCGGAGAGUACUUUUUGGAAAACAACAUUGAGGGAUCCUUAUUGCCUUUCAUCACCACCGAGCACCUCAAGGAGCUUGGAAUAGAAAAGUUGUCGACUAGGCUCUUGAUCAAAAAUAAAAUCACCGAACUCACAAAUGCCCACUACGAGAAGAACCCCCCCAAGUCGUAUAAUGACCCUGAUUACCGACUCAGCAACAUCAACAUCAACAACAACUAUGUCAAUUUUGAGUGUUUGACUUUGUCGAGUAUAUUGAUGAAAGAUAUGAUAAAAAAACUAGCAGUGACAGUCCAACAGCACCGAUCAGCUACCUCUUCGCCUACGACCGAACAGGACAUCAAAAAGCUCAAUGAGAACUUCACGAGGUUGAAGAGUGACUUGAUCCCGGUGAUCCGCCUUUUGAAAGACUCCAAACCGCUUCCCACCCCAACUCUAGACCCUGGUCCCGUGGGUCAGAACUUGGAUUCCCCCACCUACUCCAUUUCAAGUAACCAUUCCACCAACAGCAACACAUUGAUCGAGACGUUCCAGGACGCCGGGUUCUUGAACAAUAGCCAACUGAACUCGAACCGAAAUUCCAAUCCCAUCCCCAGUCCCACGCAAUCCAAUCGUUUUUCUUCCGGCUCUCUUUUGUCGCUUGGAACUGGCAAAAUCGCCCUGUCGGGAGGUGCUGUGGGCCACCCCGUGGAACAAGCGAAACUGAGCACACCACGGCCCCGGCUCGUGGAGAGUAAGUCCACCAAUGCUGCAUCUACAUCAAUACUAAACAUCCCCAAGACCCUUCGAAAACACUCGGCUCUGACCAGCUCUGCAUCCACGCCAUCGGUACCAACACUCACCAGCACGCAUCCACAGCUGCAACCCCCACCACAACAGCUUCAACAACAACCUCCUGUUGCAAACAAUGAGCCGUUGAAACAAUUGAGAGCAUCUUCCGAAGACUCAUGUCUCAAGAUUCUUCAACAAGCCAUGAAAAGACAUCACAUUCCUCGGGGUGACUGGUCCAAGUAUGUAUUAGUUAUUUGUUAUGGUGACAAGGAACGGAUAUUGAAGUUGGCCGAAAAACCGGUUCCUAUCUUCAAAGAGCUUCAGGAGCUUGGUAAGCACCCAGCCAUUAUGUUAAGACAGUUGGCCGAUACCAAAACCGCCGACACAAACUCCAACGAGAUGUACGAAGACUCCAGAAUUGGAGAUGAUAUCCCUGGUGGGACUUUAUAAUUUGAAUACAGAUACCCGUUAGUAGC